AUGGCGGCCACGGACAUCAUUUCUGAUGCCGAUUUGCGUCGCCAACUGAACGCAUUAGGUGAAGACGUCGGGCCUAUUACUAACACCACAAGACCGUUCCUUAUUCGAAAACUGAAACGCUUACGGAAUGAGCAAGGAGUGGGUAAAUCAAGGGAUUCAAAAUCUUCUGCAAAGCGAGGUACUUCGCCUGGUCGCCGCAAGUCGUUACCCGUAAAAAGAAGUAAGAGCCCGUCUCGAAAACUGAUCGGAUUUUCAAGCGAUGAAGAAGACGCAGGGCCCAGCCUUUCAAGUACUUCAAGAGAUUUGAGUAGUUUAAGAGGUAGACGUAAAGAAACAGCGACCAGUAAUGACGAAACAGCGGAAAGAUCAGGAAUUAGCGCAACGCCGUCUCCUACUCGUACUAGUGGCUUACGGCAUCGAGUGCCAAGUUUUAUCGACAGCCUUCCUGAAAGGACUUUAGAUAAUACAGAUGACAAUGACGCGGAGUUUUCAGAUCAGGACGGAAAAGUGUCUUUCAAAGGAACAAGUCGAACUGGUGGUAUAACUAGAUAUUUCGAGAGAAAGCGUGAGAGAGUAGAAAGUGAAAAAUCAGAAACUCUGCACGCAGUCCGUCCUUCUUUGUAUGGCCGCGAUGACAGCGCUACUAUUAAUACGGAAUUAAACAGCACUCUUGGAAAGAGACAAAGUGGAGCCAAAAAUGUGAAAACUAGCUCCUUGUGGUCCUUAACAAUCAAGAUCUUGGUAUUGAUUAGCGUUAUUUGCGUUACUAUCUUCAUGUUGUAUGCCGCACUCAAGAGCCACUUGAGCGAGGAAGAGCUCCUUGAACAGUUAGGUAAGAAAUAUAACAUGUCUUUUUGCUGAAUGCAUGUCAUCUAAAAUGCCAAGAUUACGUUAUUUUCUAAUAAUCAAGUUAAUUCAAUUAAUUUAAUUGGUUUGUGGAUACAAUGUACUUUACUAAUCAGUUAGCAUGAUUUCAGCCACUUUUGUUGAUCAUUAAUUUUAUACCCUUUUGAUAAUGUUUAAAGCAGGAAGUCUUUUAUCUCACUCUGUUUUCUUAGUGAAACUACCAGUUUGCAAAGGAGGAGAUAAUAAAGUACAGAAGUUGGAUAGUGAUAAUAAGGUAUCUAUUUUCGUGAUGUACUCAACAAGUAUGUUGCAUAGCUGCAAAUAUCAUAUUUAAAAAUAUCUGACUGAAAUACCGCAUACCCAAUGUCAGAUGAAAUCCAACCCGCAGUUGGAUGUAGUGAUCCAAUAGAUCAAAUAAUCAACACUACCAUUUUGCAGCUGAAGAUUUGCAUAGUAUUGAAAGAAAACAAAAGUCAAGAUACAUGUACAAGCUGUAAAUACUGACCUGAUGACUUCUGGUUUGUCCGACAGAAAGUGGUGACUUGGUCAGACAAAUGUCCCUUUGAAAAAAAAUAUUUGCAGGCCUGAUGUUGUGAUUGAUUAAUGAUAAUAAUUAUCAUAAUUGAUCAAUAAUGGCAAUGCAAUUGUGACUUUAACUUCUUGUACCAUAUAUUUAAACCAUUUUGGCUACCUACUGGCCAGUUUAUUGACAAAGGAAGAGAAUUACUAUAGUAACUAAAUUACUACAGUAAAACCCAGAUAAUUUGGACACCAAGGGGUCUUGCCACAGCAUCCAUAUUAUUGGGGUGCCCUUAUUAAGCGGUCUCUUAGGAAAACAUCAAGGACACAUUUUAUCAAAGUAAAGAUACACAAGAGCAAUAACUGAAGUUAAAACCUGAAGAAGUGAAACUUGUGUAAUACACCACUUGCACAUCUCCCAUAAUGCACCUUGUUUACCAAUAUAACCAAGAUAAUAUCAGGUUCCUAUUUUUAUGUGUAUUUACAAGGUUGGGCCCAGUUGGCUUGUGAAUCAUGAGUCUCAUUAAGGGCUGGGGGCUGGGGAUUUUCCCCGGCAACGAUGAACAUUGUCCUUGUCUUCUUUUAUAGGAAAAUAGAAGAAAAAUAGAAGCAAAAGAAUUUGCGAGCUGUUUGACUCCCCACCUACUUGUUGUAAUUACUCGGCAGCUUGAAAUCUUACUGACAGCCCUCUGAUUGAUUUCUGUCAAGGAAGUCAUGGCUAUUUUGCAAAGAAUAUAAACCUGCAAGUUCAGAUAGCUUCUUAAGUCUGUGUAUUCCUUUAAAGCACCUCUCACUGGAAGUCCAUUUUGAUUGGAAUUUUGGUAGCCAACAAAACAAUAAUUAAAUUUAUUUCUGGUACUGACUAUGACGUACAGUUAGAAAUUAUCAUCUGCAGUUAAAUGAGAUACAUGUUUACCAUAUCAAAAUGGUCAUCCAGCUUCAAAGUAAGCCGUUAAGAGUGUUCUUCUUCAAAUAAUAUCAAAUCUUUUCUCGGACUUUGAACUUUGUGAAUUCCAGGUGUAUUAUUACGUGUAUCUACAGCGUACGUACUGAUGGUUCAAUGUGAAAAUGUCAUGGAAUUCUGCAUUUUGUUACUUACAUUUAGACAUAAAGGAACAAGUGUUUUUUUUUUGUAAAAAAAGCUGUAGAGUGACAGAAGAUGAUAUUGCAAUUAUGUACUAUUAUUUUUUAAUCCCCACUUAGACAUUUUACCAAUACAGUGAUGAAUAUUGUCACUGGAUUAAUAUUGUAUCUUAUGGCAACAUUUUUGUGUUGAUUCUUUUGACAUGCUUUCACUAGCUUUGCUUGGAAGAGCCAACAUUUGCACAUGUAAUCUGUUACAACCCUGAUUUGCUUAUCACCUUACAUUUGCAAAUUAAUGUACAAUACAAGCACUUUUUGUUUUCAAUUUUUCCUUACUGCACACAAAAAUGUUAGUUAUGAAUUUUUGAACACCAUAAAACAAAAUAUAGGUAACAAUGUCUCCAAAGACUUGCGUAUUAAAAACUUUUUGAGGUAGUAACUUUUGGUGGUUUGAAUAAUGGUUUUAUGGCUUGUCUCAAACUGUAGUAGAAAGCCUUUGUGUCAGUUGAAACCGUUUCAAUUUCCUCUAGUUAUAUAGCUUGCAUUUUAUCUAGCCACACAUCAUCUAGACCAGUGGUAUAAUCUAUUUGUGAAUACAUGUAGGUGCAAAGAAAGCUUGUUUUGACAAUCCAGCAGAGUUGCAGAUCAUUAUGUAAGCAUUUUGAUUGGUGGGUUUCUUGUGCACCUCACAAUUGGUCCACUUCCCCAUGUGCAUGACAGUAUAUCGGAGCUUUUACAGCAAUGAAAAAGUAGUUUGAACCUGAAAGCCUUCCUCCUGAACAGUAUGUUCUGAGAAAAUUCCUGGAGCUUGAUUUUGGUUCGAGUUAGUGCAAGGUUUGAGUUAGCAAGGGUUCGAGUUAUCGGGAGUCAACUUUACGUUACAAUAAUUCAAUUUUUUUUUUUCUUUCCCUCUCAGUUUCGUACCUGUAUACCAUCACUUAACAUCAGCAAGCUGUAUGCAGAAUCUUUGUACCAAAAGCUGUCCACAAAAGCAGGUAACAUCAAGAAUAUCUUGUUAUUCAAGAGUGCAGCGCUUUUAAAGUGUUUAAGAAUAACAGAUAGACUGCAAAACAGACACUUUUUCUGUUUAAGUUAUAAUGUUGAGCUAUAUAGAUUGAUCCUUGCAUGCUAUUUUCACACUUGCUCCACACCUUUGGCUUGAAUACUGUUGUGCUCCUUUGAUCAUUGCAAAAAUGUACCGUCUGUUUUGCAGUAGGUAGAUACAGAAAAGAAUACUCAGUAAGCAUCAAAGACUUUGAUUAGUUACUUGCCUGUGUUAUAGUUUAACAGAGAUGAAUGAUGCUGUGAUCAUGUUUCAUCAUGCCAGUAGGUGCAUAACACCUGAGAAUGAUGCUGUACCAGACGACGAGCGAAUAGUAUCCCAUGAUGCCUUUUUCCAGAAGCAUCACGCAAUAUCGCAGUCAUGACAGAUUCAUCAUGAAAUAAGGUCGUUUUCUCGUCGGCUUUUUUCUCACUCGAUUUCCAGUAAAAGUAAGAAAAUUACAUUAUUUCGUUAUUUGACAUGAUUUCUCCGAUUUGCAAUGGCUUAAGAGCAAAGUUUCCGCACAGAAACAUUUAUUUUUAAGGCUUCAAGUAGUCUUCCCAUCACAAAGUCUUCAGUGACCCACAACAAGGUCAUGAAUAUUCAAGAUUUUUUGGAAUAUAUGUUGAAAUCCUCGAAAUGUGGACGUCAUGCCAGCAAAAUGAAGUCCUGAAUAUUGUACAGGCUAAGAAGUACCCAGAAGUACCCACAUUUUGAAGACUUUUUUGUCGACCAAAGAUGGCUUAAAUUUCGAAUCUUUUAUCACAUUUCAACGCCAUGUGUCAUAAUAUAUGUGUAAAGCCUGCUGAAGGCUACAAUCUGUUGGGCGCUUUCUAGAGCACUUUAAUAUUUAUGCCGAAGCAAUCACUUUGUAUUUUCAAAGAGGUUAUUUUAGAAAGGAAUCUGUCUAUAAUUAUUUCAAUUCGAAGAAGGAGCGGUGCUUAAUGGUAUGUUUCAGUGUGAAAACAACCUAAAGAAAGGUACCACGCAACAUGCAAGCCGGCACAACGUAAACAGGCCUGCUCAGAAUUUGAAAAAGAAACAUCAGAAACUUUAUUUAUUCAAAAGAGCAGAUCAGUAUUCUGGCCAGGAAAUUUCCUUGAUGAUUGCUUGAGUCAGUACCGGGUAGAUUGUGCUUCAGAGAAUUGUUUGUCGCAUCGAUAGAUUAAAUUUUAUUUGUAACUGCCGUUGUAAACUUCAGCUCCUUUGAGCGCGAUGCUGUAAUAAAUUCUCCUUUGGUAAUUAGCUUCACAGCGUAGCGGCUGUUUUGUUGGAACCACUUUAUAGAUCAGUCAUAGUUUUGGUUCUCCUCUGGCCUGGGUUCUGCUAGUGAACCUAGCGAAGCUUAUCAAUUGCCGAGUCUUAUACUUUGUGCUUACAGUGUGACCGAGCGCACAAAGGGGUUCUGGACAGAUCAGUGAAAUACAUGUAAAAUCCUUCUUAGUCACAGUAACACUGAAAUUCUCCUUUAAAGCACAGUGAGUAUAAGCCAACUCGAUAAUCUCAAAAGCAGAAGCUGCUGAACCGAAACAUGUUUGGAAACCAUCCAUGUGUCACAUACGCAGUGAUAAUAUAACAUGAAUUGAGGUGCAUCAUGGGAUACUAUUCGAUCGUCGUCUGAUGCUGUACCAAGCACUUAAGGAAUAACAUUGAGCUCAAGAUGCGUGGCAACACUGAAAAACAGAAUCACGGAAAAGUGCUGCCUCAAGCUGUGUGGUGUUCUAUUAACAUACAUGUAUGUUUACAAACAAUAUCUAAUAAUAAGGGUUAUUUCUGUCUUUUUUCUUAUAAUUCAGGUUUUUUUGAAUGUCAAGAUCUAAGAGUAAAAACAAGAAAUAUUUCCUUAGAUGAAUUUAAGGAACAAAUUUGGAAAGAUAAUGUGAGUGAAUAAUUUUAUUUAUCAUUGUUUCAUUUCUAUUUAUGAUUUUUGUCUUAAUUUUGGUGUAUGAAUGUUCAAACAAAAUUCAUACUUAUGCAAUGUUUAUAAAAUUAUAAUUUUUUACCUAACAGUUAAGGAUUUUAACAAAGAACGUUACAACAACCUGUAAAACUGCAUUUUUCAUGAAUUAUCCAUAACAUAUGUCAAGUUAUUUGUUGCUUCAUUCAGUUUUCAGUACAUUCUGAUGAAUGUCUAAUUCCUUGCCAUACCUGUUAUAAUCCCUCCCUCUUGAUAACACCUUAUUUAUUUCAAGGAGGUUAUUGUCACCAUUUUAAUGACAAUGACAUUGCUGAAUGGAGUUUGGGUGUAUGGGAAGUCCAGGGGCUUCCAGUGGAGGCUGGCAAGCCAGCCCCUAGACCAAGUACCACUCUUUGUAUGUGGACAUUAAUUUUCUGAAUGGACAGUCUAGAAACAAUCUGACAACUACGAUCUAAACGAUAUUAGUUUACCAACCAAAGAGUUGUAUAAUGCAUACCAGCCAAGAAAAACCAUGACCAAAACCUUUUUUUGCCCAAGUUAACACAUAGGUUGAGUAUCUUAUUAUCUCUUUAAUUUUGUAAUUUUCUUAACAUUGUAGUAUUCAAGGAAAGUUACAGAGCGAGACUCAAUAUUAAAUAGUACUCUGAAACGUAUUCUUGAAGAGCCUGACCGCAAAUUAAGGUAAUGAGAAAGUGCACGAAAUAAUAUUGCCAUCACCGGAUUAGCUUUCAUAAGUACAUUAAAAGUGACUUAACCAGAAUUUACAAGUCUUAUAACUUCAUGUUUGGUUACAUCUGAAUGCUGAUUUAUGUCAGUUCUAUUACCAACUUGCAUAUUAUUUUUCUUGACCACGUUUAUCAUAAGCACUAUCUUUUCAGCAAGAAAUAAGUAAAGGAAUGCUUAGAUUUAUUAUAUUCAGUUCUGAUCGCUCCCUCAGUAGCUUUUGGGGGAGUUAUGACACCAGUACACUGUCCUUCUCCUAAAAAAAUUGUAGUGCAGGUAUAUAUGUCGUAGCUCCCAAAUUCAUGAAUAAUGAUUUUAGGACUCAAAGACAAAGGAAAUUUGAUAAUCAACAUAGGUUAAUAAAUUUUAACCUGAAUAUAAUUUUGACUUGCAACAUAAUUUAUACACUUUAGAACUUAGAGCACUUCAUUUAAAUAAUUCUGGAUUCAGAUCAUGUCCAUCAAUGUUCUUGAUCUUUUCUUGGGUGUUACCUCAUCUAUAGUUUCUUGGCAUGUGAGCUGACUGUUGCCAAAAUUAUGGGAUACAACCCUGAAAAUAAAAGGGAGCAUCAAACAAAUAGUGGGUGUGCUAAUUUGUAGGGUUUAAACUCUUUACCAGUGCAAUUUACCAGUGUAAUUUUAUGGUGGUUUGAAUAACUGAGAAAAUACCAUAAUUAUGUGUAUCAGAGAUAGGUUGCUGGACUGCACACCUUGCAAUCAUGAGCAAUUAUUUUUUCCUUGCAAUCCCAUAUAAUUUUGCAGACAUUCUAACACCUAUAAAAUCUUAGCCUUUAGUGCCAAUCACCUGAGAAUUGGCUUUGUAGCUAAUACUCCCUGGCAUGGUAUUUCCAUCUGUGUGUUCAUUUGAAUGUUUAAGUUGAUUCUUAUAAUUUUGUGUUAAACAACUGCAAAAGUUUUAUUUGACAUUCACUUUGCAGAUAUUAUUGAAAAUGAACUUUGAGUAUCAGCUUCUAACUAAGUUUUCUCUUCUCUAGGUUGUUCCAUGAAAACAACACUCAAGCAACGUCCAUAGAAAAUGUAACCAUAAGAUGGAUUGAUAGUUCUGUUGCAGCCAAACCUCUUAUGUGCCGCAUCAAAGAAGCCAUGUCUCGGUUGGCUUACCUUUCUUUUGUAAUUGGAUUUGGUAAGUUCUGGUAUUUGGUUCAAUAACUUAUUUGCUUAUCAGGGACUGUUUGCAUCAUAUUAACGUGUGAGUCAGGGGUUUUACAGUGCAACAACUGUAACCAGGGCUGCUUAGACAACGUUGACCAAUCGGAUUACAGGAAAAUAACAAAACAAUCCAAGAAGGUUGGUUGUUGGCCAAUCAAUAGCUCGUUAAAAAACAAUAAGUUACUAAAAUUACAAAAAUCAAUUAAGUAUUUGAUAACGAACAUUUUUCAAGAAAGCAAAAUGUUUUACCAGCGAAUGUUUUUCUAUUCUAAACUUAACAGAUAACACCCAGGAGACAUAUUUGUUUGAAACAAGCUGUUAUUUUGUCAUCUACCAGCAAUUUCUUUGACACUAUUGCUUCACUUUGCAAUAAAAAAGCGACGUGAAGUCCAAAAUAUAACUAGCAUUCACAUUUUUUGCCUCUGUCAACACUCCAUCGGCCCUCUCAGGAAGCAUAAGCUUUGUUCAACAGGUCAAAAGGUCACGUUUUUAUUUCAAUCCAUGUUGUUAAUUUCAUUUCGUGGUAAUUACGAAUGACAACUAACUUUCUCAGAACAUAUUGUUAUUUUCCUGUCAUCCCAUUGGUCAACUUUAUCGACGGUGGCCCCAUUAUAGUACUGUAAUAAGCACCUCCAACUGAUGAAACACACCAGCUACUUUGCUCAGAGAAGUCGAGUACUUUUUGCCGCUAAAUUGAAGGUGGGAAUGAAAUAUCAAAUUAAAAUUGUCACAUUGUAAAACAAACGGCAAAAAUAACAUUAAUUUUGUUCAGUCAGCCCCAAGAAUCCUCCAAAGCAUAAACUACCCACAAGAGGGAAAAAAAAAAGAACCAACAACAUUUUAAUGAGGUAAAAGUUGAACUCGUCUACCAAUCCCCUUCUCACUACAAAACCAAACAAUGCAACAAAUAUGUCUGUUCUUCUUUUUUGUUAUGUAUUUCUACUAGCCAUGUAAAAUUCUCAGUGUGUAAAUGACUGCUGCCCAGUUAGGUCAAUCGGAUAAGCACCAGGCUGUUGAGCAAAAGGUUAUGGGUUCAAACCCCAGCCAGACCAACACUCAAGUUCUUAAAAUAACCGAGGAGAAUGUGCUGCCUUUGUUGUGACAUCUUCAAAUGGUUAGACAUUCUAGUCUUCUGGGAUAAGGAUGAAAAACGGUAGGCUCCAUCUCACAUCUCUUUCACUGUUCUGAUUCUUGUGGGAUGUAAUAACUUUUUUUGCUAUUGAGUCAAUUUGCUGGAAGACUACAGAAAUUUUAGAAUAAUUAGAAAUGUCAGCCCGUGGGAUGUCAGUCACUACAAGACAAAAUGCACCAUGUUGCUUCAAUUAAUUGGUGCUCUGUAAUUUUAUAGAUAUCAGAAAGAUUUUUCCAACACUGUAAAAACAAUGCAAAUAUUGCUACAGUUGUAUCUCCUUGUAAGAUGGGAGAACUGAUGUGAGAUGUGAGACUUUUGGUUUGCUAAGAGUUCAUAAAAGACAAGAAAUACCUAAUGGGUACCAGUGUGCAAAGAAAGUAGUGUCCAAUAGCCCGGAGCUAGUGGAUUUUGCUAUCGGGCUAGUGAAUUCUGUUGUUAACUUGCCCGACGGGCAAGUGAAGUUUUUUGAAGAAUUCAAAUUACAGAAGAACUGUGAAAUCAAUCUGCUCAUCAAAACGCUUUUGGGGUUAGUUGAAAUGAUGUUUGGGCUAGUAAAUGUUAGCUUCAGUUUGCCCGAAUGGCAAACUGUAAAAGUGACUUUCUUUGCACCCCAGGUACCCCACUUUUCCCAGGGUAACAUUUUCCAGUGGGUGUGUUUCAGCAAAUGUGUUUAACACAAAUUAAUGUAUACAAUGAAAGUGGCUGUAGUCUGGUUGUUUCAAAAAGUAACAAGUGAUUCAUUCACAUGUGCAGCUGUCAUGUUCCUUUAGCAUAAAGUUGUUGUUUCUCUUAAGGUAUUGGAGGUCUAAUGGUUGCAUACUUCAUUGUUCGUCAAAGAUGGAGGAGAGAGGAGGAAGAGACUAGAAAGAUGUAUCAGUUUGUGGAAAAUAUUAUUGGUAUGCAUUAAUAGAAUAUUAAUUUAACAUUCUAUUGCUCUGUUGGUAGUUCUCUAGGCAAAGAUAUGCAGCCUAAAGUAGGAUCAUUGUUUCAUUGUGAUACAGAGAUGUACUCACUCAGUUCAAGGGCUAAAAAUAUGUUUGCAGUAACAGUAUUCUUAAAGCGAGUAGAAUAGACUAUUUUUCAGAAUGAAAAUAAUUUAUGUUAAUAGGGGAUCAAAAUAUUGACCAUAAAAAUAUUUUGUUUUUCACUUAAAUCAAUAGAGGUCUUAAGAGAACAUCAUGAAGCAAGCAAAACAGAUAAGAAUUUGUUGCCCUAUCUUCCAAUUCCUCAUGUCAGAGAUAUGCUGAUUGCUCCAUCUGAUAGGUUUGUAAAAUAGUUUGCCUUCCUCGAUCUGUGUCUCCCAAUAUGUAGGAUUUUCUCCUGCACUGUCUUGUGUGGAGUGUGGAGUCUUGUUUGAUUAUUAAUAAGUAAUUAUUUGAAAAAGUUGCAAAGGACUUGUGCUAUUGCAGUGUAAGAUAGUCAAGUGAUGAUUAAUACUAUUAGUUUUUUUAUGUUUCUGUAUCUUGUACAUGUGCAUUAGAGGUAUUAUUAAAUUACAGUGGAAUUAACAUUUUGAUACAAACACCUGCUCGGCUAUUUAGCUUUCAUUAACUUUUGAAACCGAUUUCUACUCAUUGUUUCUUUUCUCAGUUUUUUUUGCAUCUGAUCUGUAUGGGCUUUACAUUAGUGAGCCAUUAUGCUGUUGAAUGUUGCACAUAUUGUUGACUGCGUGAGUUUGUAUAAGUGCUAUUAUCACUCAAUUUGUUGUGUCAAAAAAACAUAUCAAAGGUUAAAAGGGAAUGUGUUCCCUUUAAAUGGAAAGUGUACUGUACAUGAAAUUGUUGUUAUCAGGAAUAAUUAUUGGUAAUCAGGGUCUAGAGGAUUGAUUCAUUAAGAUGAAGUAGUCACCAAACAUUUAGUGAACUUAUUGAAAAGAUUAACCUUCAUGGACAAAGCAGCCCUCUGGCCUACAUACCUGUAAACAUUCUCCUUUAUAGGUAAGGAGUGAUUCUAACUUCAUUUUUGUCUUAACAGACAAAGAUUGUCCAAAGCAUGGAACAGAGCAGUUCGGUUCUUGAGUGCAAAUGAAUCUCGCAUUCGUGUUGAAAGCCAGAGAAUAGCUGGAGAGGAUUUUGAAGUUUGGAGGUGGAUACACAUUGCCACACCCAAACCUCGAAACCCUAAAUUGUCACUUGCAGUAAGUUUAUGCUGUCAGUUUAAUAACUAUAUUAAUUUUAUGUGAUGUAUCUUAUUGGCUGAUAUGAAUUUUAUUUUAAUUGCCAUGGAUUUUAUGCUUGGGCAUACAUCUGAAGGGGAUCACGGCAAAUGAAGGCUUGUAAUAUGUUCACAAAUAACUUGGAUUCUAUGUAAGUGGGGCCUCAUGGUGGGCAUAUCCAUGAGAAAUUUCCUUGCUUGUUUGGAUGUAAAUAUGUGUGAUCUAUCCAGAGAUGUAAACUUUGAGUCUUGUGUGUGGCGUGUACGUCACCGUUAAAUUCUUAGCUCUGUUCUUUGACAAACUUAACCACUCCAGCAGGAAAUACGCUCCUUCAAAUUAAUGGACAAUACAACACACACCAUGUGUCUGCAUUACAGACUGAGAUGUGCCAGGGAUUGUGUGAAGUUAGGUGUCUUUGUAACCAAGAGAACUAUUUGCAGUUAUGAAUAUAUGAAAAUCACAUAUGAGAACAGAGGGGUGGAGAAUAAUGCACCUAUCAAUGUAAACCCCGUCGGGCGGGAGUGCGGGCAAGGGGUGGGGAUUUGACAAAUUUUAAAAUUUUUUGAUCAAAUUCCCCAGGAUGGGAAACAAAAGGUCAAUCAAAAGUGUUAAAAAAGACCCCACCCCAGGGAAAAAAAUCUAAACAAACAAUACUAUAAUACUAUAUAAAACGAAUAAAAGAACAUUUGAAAAGUACGUUCUUACUACUUUUAUUUAAGGUUAACAUAAGCUCUGUUAAGUUACUCGCUGUAAUUAAGUAUUUUCUCUCUCCACUAGCAUUUCUUAUUUUGAACAACAAAAUCACUCCAGGAAGAUUGACCAUGCUAUUAUAAUAUUAAUGAAACAUAAAAUGCUUUAUAACAUCUGGUCAAGUACAUGUCAGAACAGGUCGGAUCAGUGACUCGUAAAAAAUUCUCUGACUUUCAUGGUGGAAUUCGAUUUCAAUCGAGGUUUACAAUCAGAUGAGAACUUGAAGAUAAAAACUUUCUUAAAAUAGACAUUAUCUGUUUAAAUGACAGUUUAAAGUAUCAGAUUAUGGCAAUUAAAACAAAUGAAAACUUCAUACCUUUCUCCAACGGCGUGACUUUCAGAAAGCCUCGAGGAACGGACCUGGUAACCGCUUCUGAAUUGAUACCAGGAAUCAAUACCAGGCUUCUGUUGGCCCAAGUCAAAUGUCCCGACCCCGGGGUCGCUUCGCACGAUCAAAAGCCCGACAGCGGGGAUAGUCUCAGGCAUCAAAUCCCCACCCCUUGGCCGCACUCUCCCGCCACGGGAUUUACAUUGAUAGGUGCAUAAUAUGAAAGAGGAUCAUCACAGUUAUAGACGCAACUUUUGCAGUGUGAAAAGAAAGUCUGAAAAAAAAUUCAGGCUUGUACGGAAUUCGAACCCUUGACCUCUGCAAUACCAGUGCUGGGCUUUUCCAGUUGAGCUAACAAGCCAACUGGGAGCAGGUCAUUGAAUUUAUUCAGGCGUUCUUUUUGCAACUGCAAAAGUUGCAUCUAUAACUUCGAUGAUUUUCUUUCAUAAAAUUAUAAGAACUAUUUACUUUAAAAGGUGUUAAUAUGAUGGAGGUUUCCUUAAGGAUAAGUUCAGCUGUAUCCUAUAAACUUUCUUUGCUCAUGCUGAAGAGUUCUCUGUGCGUCUUGUCUUUUUGCAGGGCAACAAACAUGGAAAAUACUGGCAGGGACAAGGUAAGCAGAGCACCUUUAUGUUCCGUAUUGCUGAGAUUGCUUUAGUCUUCCUGUAAAACACAGUCACUCUAUUGGUGCCAUAGGAUAUUCACAUUCUGCUGGUUUGUGGAUACUGUGGUACUCCAGUAUAUCUCUUUGUUUUGUAAACCGGUACCUUUUGCCAAAAAAAACCCCACUGGUAUGCUGCAAGCUGUUAUUUCUCUUUGGAACUGAACUUGGUUGACGGUCAUCUCGCCACCAAGGAAAUCGCCACCAAGAAGUCGACUUGCCACCAAGAAGCUACAUUAAUCGACAUGUUUACUCACCUAGGAUUACUUACCUAGAAUGUGUACGUCGUUGCCAAGCUUAUUCGAAUUUGAUUACAGAGUUAUUGCUUGGUGGCGAGUUGGUUGGCAGCGAGUCAACUUCUUUGUGGCAAGAUGACCGGUUACCCUUAACAUUAGCCAAGAAAUUACUUGCAAAUGGCUGAAUCACAGCUUCAUGUCAAACAAAUAUGUCUCCCCAAGCAUUAUGUCAAAGUUACAAACAACAAACAUGAACUUUGAGAAGCUAACAAGUUUUCAAGAAUCGCAAUUGCUUCCUUUUAUAGUUGCUGUAUUAUUUGUACCUUCACCGAACGUUUUGAGCGGUUAUUUGAAUGUUUCACUCAGUUUGGUGGCAGCUCCCCCCGUUUGAAUUCUGAUGGAUUUCGUGAUACAGCUUCUUUUAAAGAAAGAGAAAGAGCAACAACUGAAAUUUAUUUGUCUUUUCCAGCAUUUGAAAACUUCCAGUCAGCUGUUAAUCCUCCUGUAAUCAGUCCAACACCAUGUCUGAAGAUAAGGAACAUGUUUGAUCCAGAUGUGUAAGUUGAAAAUAUGUGUCCUGUCUCUGCCCUUUGCUUUUUUUGAGUAUUUCAAGGCUGUUAUUACGAGCCCGGGGCCGGGGAUUUCCGCAGGGUACUUUGAGCGUGAUCCCCUGCUUUCAUAGGAAAUAAAAGAAAGAUAGAACCAAUAAGAACCUCCUAGCUGUUCAAUUCUACGUCAAUGAUUGUGCAUAAACCCGGCAACUCUCUUGGUGACAGCCCCGGGACUGGAUCAAGAACCUUUACUUCUUACAGCUUGAUGCUACCCCUUUUGCAUCAUGUAGGAGAUUUUAAACUAGAAAGAAAUGUUAAACUCGAUUUCCUCCUGUUUUAAUAUUCGUGUUGUUGGUAACCUAAAAUUAUGAUGUAUUGACAGUUCAUCAGCAUACCUUUUUGACAACAAAACUUAGAAGGCAGUUUGCUGAUGGAUUUUUUGUUUGUGGUUCGUAACUGAGUAAGAGCCAAAGCCGCAAGAAAACUAGAAAACAAGCAAACGAUGGGGGAGGGGGUGAGGGGGGGAAAAGCAGAGAGAAUAUUGACAUUUCUCUUUAUCAUCAACUUUGAAAUACACUGUUCACAUUCCCUGUUUUUUUCAGUUUCCGUAUCGUCAAGAUCAAGCGCUCACCGUCGCUGGCAGCCAUUUUGUAAUUGGAUUCAAAUGUACCGAGGGGGCGGGUCUCGGGGUUUAUAGGGGUGCGAGGCUUGGUCAAGUUAGCUGCCGCCAGUAGCGCUAAAUCUCGCCGAUCGUACGGAAAAAAUAGGGGCUGUGAACGGUCUAAGUUUUAAGUAUCGUUUCUUUUCAAAUGCUCCUUGCAGUGAGACGGACGAUAACUGGCAUGUGAUGAUUCAGGAUGCCAUAUUGGAAAAGUGUAUUGAGAAUGGAGCAGAUGUUGUUCACAUAGCAGUAGACAAGAGUUCUAGUGAGGUAUCAUUCAGAUUUGUGGUGUUUUUAUAACAUUUCCUGUAGUUUUAAAUAAAUCGAGAGACAUUAAAAGUAAACGAGGUUUCAAAUCCCAGGAUAGAAAACGUACGUAACGUUACGGUGGCCAUGUUGGUGUUCCAUUGAGUGAAAACGAGUGAAUACGCUCUAUGCUUUUGUAUUUAUAACAAAAAUCUCAUUGUCAAUGUACUUGUUUGACACUCUACAGGGAUGUGUGUAUGUCAAGUGUGACACGCAUCAUUCAGCAGGUCUCGCCUUUAGAAGUUUACAUGGAUGUUGGUUUGAUGGUAAGUCUAUAUGUUGUAGUGCGUUGUUAAAACAGACUUGCGGUGAACAAAUCGUAAGUGGAACAUGACUUUGUACCCGUGGAAUAUUCAGCCAACCAACUUUUUCACCUUGUUUUUGUUAUAGUGGAGAAAUACAUGAUAUUCGCUUCGCUAUUUUUCGUUCGAAAAUUCUUUGACCCAUAAAGAAUUGUCAAGUUUUGGGUACUGCAAUUUUCACACCUAUACCGUGCAAAACUCCUUGAAUUUUAUUUGCUCUUAGUUGUGCGAACCCUGGUCAAAUGAACCAUGAUGUAUUGCAACAUUUUUGCUGCAGCACGGUUGCACCACGAUGUAGAACCAAUUUAUACUUCUUCCAAGGGCUAUAAAUGCAACAUAAACGUUUCAAGUCACCUUUGUUUCAGGUCGCUCGUGCAGUGAUAUCUAAGAGUUACUCCGCUCAAAACGAAUUGGUGUUUACUUUUAGAAGUCUUUGUCAUCACCUCCAUUUUACAAGUAGAGUCAGCGAAUUUUUGUCCUGCUUCGCUUAGCAGUGGACAACUGCAUUUUUAAAUAUUGGUAAGGUUUGUCAACAUUUCGCAAGGAGGAGAAAUGUUGUUAGCCUAGUACCACGGAACAACCUAACGGCAAAUUCAGCAUCAGUUAUAGAUUCAACUAACCGCUUAACAUGCCCUUUGACUUCAAAUUAUUAUGACUGAAGACAUGGUAUUUUAACGCGUUAUUAACAUAAUUUUGAAUUUCAUUGUAGGUCGUCUUGUUGCUGUCAAGUAUUUAACUUUAAAGCGAUACCAUCAGCGGUUUCCUGUAGCCUUGGAAGCUACUGAACGCUUAAGCCCGUCCGGAUCUUCACCUUCCUCUCUUGUUACGUUCGACCCGGAUGAGGCUGCAGUGGACGAUAUUAAUGAUUCCGAUGUUGACUUUUAGCUUCUUAGCGGCCUGCAUUGCUGAGCUCAGUCUUCACCAAACUGGUGUCUUGUCGGUGAAGUACGGUCGUAUUCUUGAAAAGUCUAUGAGUGUGAUGUACGGUCCAGUAAAGUAGGAGCCUCAGUGAAUGUUUGAAUUUAUAUGGAUUUGUGAGUGGAGAAAUACGGACAUAAGACUUGUUUCAUUUUUGUUUGGGCUCGUGAUAGUGGUGCUGAAGUUUCAAGCAAGAACCGACAGGAUAGAGCAGGUGUAAUGGCCGUCAUACAAAAAAAAUAGCUCUCAAGCUACUACAACGGCUACUGUACUCCAGGCUAAAUACACAAACAGUGUGUAGGUUUAUAGAACAAAACUCAGUAUGGUCAACGGGAUCUAUUCUACUCGUGUGUACUUAAUUACACCCUGUUUUCACUCGGUGUGCAUUUUUUAAAAAGCUCUCACUACUAAUAUCUCUCUCAUCAAACAUCUUUCAAAUUUAUUUUUGAAGUUAGAUCGUCAUAUAGCGGUUAAACCACUCGCUAGUGCAAACAUUUGUAAACCAAUUUGUGGUGCAAACUUGGUAAAUAGCAUUACCUUCUCUGAUAUCAGAUUCAUAUAACCCUUGUGCUUAUAUCAAAUGAUGUCAGAUGUAGAUCGGGGCUUUAUUCCCUUGGAAUUUCAGUGUAGCUUUUGAUAUUCAUUUACUUAUUACACGGCUCAGCAGUUGCGCCAUUUUAAAUGUUGAAACCCCGCCGUUUAAAAUCUGGAACGCGAAUAGAGAUUGGCGUUAUUCCGUUCAGUUGAUCAACGCGAACUGUAGCAUUUGAAAUGUUGAACUGUGUGAUACUGGCCUUAGGUUUCUGCUUUCGUUUCUUAGAGGGUGUUUUACAGGCUAGGGUAACUAACGCUGAGGAAAAACGCAAUAAUGAUGUGGCAUAUAAUUCAUUACUUCGUUUAAUUCUUUACUUCAACGUUCUCUAAACAUUUGUCGAGUUAUAAAAAAAAUGUCAAGAGAAAGCUGUGUCAAACGGUCCAACAUACGCUUCACAAAAAUGAUUUACACUUAACUGAAUUCUUUCUUUAAAAAGAGGUGAGCUUUACGGGUGUAGUACAUGCAAGAAGUUCAAACGGCAUCAAGAUUUCAAGUCACAGAACGCAAGUAAUGUUAAGACAAAUUAAGUUGUUCCCAACAUAUCAAUUUUGUAAUACUUUCAUUUACACAAUUUUUUGAACUUUUCUUACAGUUUCUCGGAAGCAACGUUUAGGCCCUGGGCACACGUAUCCGGAUAUUUUUGAAUCCGCAACUGUUUCUUUCCGGAUUCCGCUUCUGUCCACACGUAUCCGGUGAAUCCUGCAUACGAAGCCGCAACUGGCUUAGAAUCCGCUCUCCAGAGUGGAAAUUUUUGAAUGCGCUAUGAAUCGUCCGGACGCUAAAUCUGGAUAUCUUUUUAUCCGAUGACGUAACAAGAUCGAGCCCAGUGAAUACUGUAUUCAAGAUGGCAACUUCGAUGCAUGUUCUGUUGGCAAUAUUCCCAGAGGAAUCCUAAGUACUAGAGUGAAUCCGGAUACGUGUCGGAAACGUGAGGUAUGGACGGGCAAAUUCGAUCUGAAUACGGAUGGAUACGUGAGGACGUAGAAAUUUUUGAAUCCGAAAAGAAAACUUUGCGGGAUUCAAAAAUAUUCGGAUACGUGUGGAUAAAGUCUUGGCAAAGUUGAACGAGUU